UAUCCCUCUCUCUCUACCACCAACUCCUUCUAUAUAAUUACCACCAAACCCAUUCUCUGAAAAAUCAAAAAACUUUCUCUCUCUCAAAUUCCAAUGGCGUCAAACAAUGUCCUCCCACCCACCGGCACCGGCCUCAUCGUAAGCUUCGGCGAGAUGCUCAUCGACUUCGUCCCCACCGUCUCCGGCGUAUCACUCGCCGAAGCACCAGGCUUCCUCAAAGCCCCCGGCGGUGCACCAGCUAACGUAGCCAUCGCCGUGAACCGACUCGGCGGCAAAGCCGCCUUCGUCGGUAAACUCGGAGACGAUGAAUUCGGUCACAUGCUCGCCGGGAUCUUGAAGGAGAACGGUGUCAAAACCGACGGUAUUAAUUUCGAUCAAGGCGCGAGAACCGCGUUGGCGUUUGUUACUCUACGCGCCGACGGGGAGCGUGAGUUUAUGUUUUAUAGGAAUCCAAGUGCUGACAUGCUUCUAAAACCUGAAGAACUCAACCUCGAACUCAUCAGAUCUGCGAAAGUGUUUCACUAUGGAUCCAUUAGUUUGAUUGUGGAGCCAUGCAGAUCAGCGCAUUUGAAGGCAUUGGAAGUUGCCAAGGAUGCUGGCUGUCUGCUUUCCUAUGAUCCCAACCUUCGGUUACCGUUGUGGCCUUCGGCCGAUGAAGCUCGUAAGCAGAUAUUGAGUAUAUGGGAGAAGGCUGAUUUGAUUAAGGUUAGUGAUAAUGAGCUGGAGUUCUUGACUGGGAGUGACAAGAUUGAUGAUGAGACUGCCUUGACAUUGUGGCACCCUAAUUUGAAGUUGCUCCUUGUCACCCUCGGCGAACACGGUGCAAAGUAUUACACCAAGAAUUUCCAUGGAACAGUAGAAGCAUUCCAUGUUAAAACAGUCGACACAACUGGUGCUGGUGAUUCCUUUGUUGGUGCUUUGUUGGCUAAGAUUGUUGAUGAUCAGUCUAUACUAGAAGAUGAACCUAGGUUAAGAGAAGUGCUUAAGUUUGCGAAUGCUUGUGGAGCGAUCACGACGACUAAAAAGGGAGCAAUUCCUGCUCUUCCCAAGGAGGAGGAUGCACUGAAAUUGAUCAAUGCUGCAUAGAUUUGUUGAGCAUAUUUUGUUGUCGUCUUCCCAUCUUGUUUAGCUUUUUUGUUGGAGGAGCUCUUAAUCAAUUUAAGAGGGAAUUUGUCUCUAAUUUUGUUUGUUUGUUUUUUCUCUGUGAAUUGAUGGCAAAGUCAUAUGAUGAGUUUGGCCAAAUAAUGUUGAUUGAAUUUUGAUAUGAGAUGUUGAAUGAAAGUCUGAUUCACGGUUGUUGCUGCA